AUAUUGUCAAUUUCCAAUUUCUAUUUCCUCUCUUUUUCUCUCUAGCCAUUACGCUCCUAACAAUCAUCAUCGACCUCUACCAUGGUACCGCUCUCCAAGUUGAAGAGCCUCAGAUUGGUUUGUUUACUCUCUCCUUCUACAUUUGCUUCCAGAGCUGAAAUAUUGAUUGCUAGAGAUCUAAAACCCUCACAUUUUUCUGUUCAAAAUCGGAUACUCUGCAGACAGUUCACCUCAGAAAUCUCAGAAGACCAACACAAUUUCACCGUCAAUUACCUCAUAACCUCAUGUGGGUUGUCGCUAGAAGAUGCGAUUUCAACAUCCAAGUGGAUCAAGUUGCAGUCCCCAGAAAAUGCAGACACCGUUUUGGGUCUUCUGAGAAACCAUGGAUUCUCUAUAAUCCAGAUCUCAAAGUUUUGCAAAACCCGCCCACAACUUCUUUUAGCCAGGCCUGAGCAAACCCUUUUGCCAAAGCUUGAGUUUUUCAGCUCUCUUGGAGUUUCAAGGGAGGACCUCGCAAAAACGCUGGUUCUGAAUCCAAAUCUUUUGCAAAGAAGCUUGGAGAAACAGCUUGUGCCCACUUAUAAUUUCCUGAGGAGUCUGCUUCCUGAGAAAAAUAUCGUUUCUGUUUUCAAGUACAACUCGUCGAUUUUCUUGCAAGCCCACACCAAGAAAGUAGUGCCAAAUAUCGCGAUUUUGAGAGAAUUAGGUAUGCCUGAAUCAUGCAUUUCUCUGUUGCUAGCUCAUUGUACGCAUGCUUUGAUACAUGAUACUGAAAAGUUUCGCCAAGUUGUGAAAGAGGUUAAGGAAAUGGGUUUUAACCUGGAAAAGUCGACUUCCGUGUUGGCAAUAAGCAUAAUGUGUCGUUCAUAUUAUAAGCGGAUAUUGAAGCGAAAUUGUGAAGUUUAUAGCAGGUGGGGUUGGUCGGAGGCUGAUGUUCUCUCUGCUUUCAGGAGGCGCCCGGAGUGUAUUGCUCUGUCAGAGAAGAAAAUAAUGCAAACAAUGGAUCUUUUAGUGAACAAGAUGGGAUGGUCGUCAGAAAUAAUUCUCAAGUCGCCGUAUGUUUUGAAUUAUAGUUUGCAGAAGAGAAUCAUCCCUAGGUGUUCGGUUGUUAGAGUAUUGUUGUCGAAAGGAUUGAUAAAUACUGAAAAACUGAGCUUACAUUCUGUGUUUGGACCUGUGGAGAAGGAGUUCUUGGAGAGAUUUGUUGACAGUUAUCAGGGUGAAGUACCUCAGUUGUUGUGUGUAUACCAAGGAAAAGUGGAUAUCCAGGACGUAUGAUGUUGCAACGUUUUGACCCCUUGAUGCUGCACUGUCUUGCUUGGAAAAUUGCUUUUGAUAGAAUACACUCAUAUCUUGCUUUAACUAUUCUGGAGAGGAGAAAAAACAACAAUUUAUUUUGUGUACUUUUCAAAUUAGACGAUAUGAGUUCUCUAACCCAUAUGUUUCUUUUGUCUACUUUUGUCUACUAUUCUAUUGCUGUUUCAGUUUAUUUUUCUACUUAGUGGCCUUGCGAAGAGAUGAACCCAGAUUGAGUGCACUACCAUAAUGAUAUUCCAAUCCUAUAACUCUACCUUUUCUUUGAGUCAAUGGCAGAGAGAGCAUAUGAAAUAUAAGUUUCGCACACUUUCUUGAUUUGUAUGUGUGUGCACAGGCUAUAUUAAUGGUAUCUUGCAAUGGUUUUCAGACCUUUAUUCCUGCUCUGUUAAUAAUUGUUCCCCACAAGCAGUUGGUCCUGGGUAAGCAUCAUUACGUCAUUGUGAUUCCAUAAGUAUGGGAUUUCUUGUCUUAUGAAAAAAAGAAAAGAAAACUCAGCAACUGCGACUGAUGAUUGGGUUCCUUUACGGACAAAAGGUCCAGCUUUAAUGGGAUACUCAGGAGUCAUUUGGCAAUUGUUUUCUGUGGAGACAAAUGAAUCUGUUUGAAAACUUCUGGAGAUUUUGUGAGAUCAAGAGAGUGGUAUGUUGGGGAUCAGUUUUCUUCUUUAUUGCUUCUCCUCUCGAAUCAUUUGCGGUUGAGUAACCUGUUUCUGUCUCCAAAGCACUUGUUUAUUCUUUACUUGGAUGAUAGUUUUCAGUAUGUGUAUUUUGUGGCUUGAAUAAGGCGAUAUGAAUCGAAGUCGCAAAGUUUAUAGGACGGGGUUGAUCUGAGGAUGAUGUUCUCUCUGCUUUCAAACUGCCCUUAGUGAACAAGAUGGAAUGGACGUCAAGAAUGAUUGUCAAAUACUGGGUUGCUGACUCUCUAUUUGUAUUGAACUUGGUAGGAUGGGAUUCGAUAUCUGUUGUUGUACACGUUUUGCAAAUUUCCAUUAUAAUUAGAAUUUUGGUAGGAUGGGAUUCGAUAUCUGUUGUUCUACAAAAACCUAUUAUGUUGGUUAAUACUAUAUUGAAGCUUUGGUGACUUUGGAAGAGCAAGUGAUUGCUAGAUUUGAACGUUAUGAGAUGCUUCUUGCAGUUGCUGCUUGCAACCCAAGUGUAAUUGUCAAUCAUUUCCGCUUGUCAUGAGAUGAAGAAAUAAACUUAUGUA